CCGCUUUCUGCGGCCGGCGGGCAGGCGACUCCUGUCCAGAGUGGAGGCGGCGGAGCCGGAGCUGGGGGAGGGGGCAGCGGCUGUCUGACGGACCGCGGAGGCACCCGCCGCUCCUCACCGCAGCAACCCCACUACAGGCCCGAGGAGCUUUCCGGAGCUUCCCACACUUCUGGGGAGAAGACUUCUUAGCCAGCUUGAUGUUUAAAAUUCAGCUGGAGCCCUUAAAACUUCGAGCGUGGACGCUGAAUGGGUUUGUGAAGUUUCGAAACAAGGAGACUAGUGCUGGCCCAGUGGCUGUGAUGGGAAAGGAUUAUUACAAGAUUCUUGGGAUCCCAUCGGGAGCCAAUGAAGAUGAAAUCAAGAAAGCCUAUCGGAAGAUGGCCUUGAAGUACCACCCAGACAAGAACAAAGAACCCAACGCUGAGGAGAAGUUUAAGGAAAUUGCAGAGGCCUAUGAUGUGCUAAGUGACCCUAAGAAACGAGGCCUGUAUGACCAGUAUGGGGAGGAAGGACUGAAGACCGGCGGUGGUUCGUCAGGUGGCUCCAGUGGCUCCUUUCACUACACCUUCCAUGGAGACCCCCAUGCCACCUUUGCCUCCUUCUUUGGUGGCUCCAACCCCUUCGAUAUCUUCUUUGCCAGCACUCGCUCUACUCGACCCUUCAGUGGUUUUGAUCCAGAUGACAUGGAUGUGGAUGAUGAUGAGGACCCAUUUGGCGCCUUCGGCCGCUUUGGCUUCAAUGGGCUGAGUAGGGGUCCAAGGCGAGCUCCAGAACCUCUGUACCCUCGACGCAAGGUGCAGGACCCACCGGUGGUGCAUGAGCUGCGGGUGUCCCUGGAGGAGAUCUACCAUGGCUCCACCAAGCGUAUGAAGAUCACAAGGCGGCGCCUCAACCCUGAUGGGCGAACUGUGCGCACUGAGGACAAGAUCUUGCACAUUGUCAUCAAGCGUGGCUGGAAGGAAGGCACCAAGAUCACUUUCCCCAAAGAGGGUGAUGCCACACCUGACAACAUCCCCGCAGACAUAGUCUUUGUGCUCAAAGACAAGCCCCAUGCACACUUCCGCCGAGAUGGUACCAACGUGCUCUACAGUGCUCUGAUUAGCCUCAAGGAGGCGCUGUGUGGCUGUACCGUGAACAUUCCCACCAUUGAUGGCCGAGUGAUCCCUUUGCCCUGCAAUGAUGUCAUCAAGCCAGGCACCGUGAAGAGACUCCGUGGGGAGGGCCUUCCUUUCCCCAAGGUGCCCACCCAGCGGGGAGAUCUCAUUGUUGAAUUCAAAGUUCGCUUCCCAGACAGAUUAACACCACAGACCCGACAGAUCCUUAAGCAGCACCUUCCCUGUUCCUAGGCUCUGCCCCACCCAGCCCAGAGUCUACCACAGCAAUACCCCCACACUCACCCUACUCAAUGUGCACCCAACUUGAUGUUCACUGGACACUGGCAACUUUUUCUAAAAUGCAAAAAAAAAAAAAACCCAUUGGUUUUCAGGAAAAUGUUCCUGUCCCUGACCCUUUCAGAGCUGGGCUGCCUUGGGGAAGUGGGAGGGAGGUGGGGAGAACUAGCCCAGGCCAGGGGUCAAUUUUCUUAUCACUAGCUUUGAAUGCAGUUCCCACUCCAGUGGCUGGAGAGUGACCUGAGUGCUACUUGAAGGUAUAGAGAUUCCUUGUCUGUGCCUGUACAUAGCACGCCCUCUUUCCCUUCUCAGCUUUGCUAAUACCUCUUCUCUCCCUUCCCUUCAGUCUCCUCCUAGGGGGGAGGAAGGGGAUAGAAGGACACUGCUUUCCCACCCCAACCCCUCCGCCAGGUCCACAGUGUCCAAGGUUAUCACACACACAUUCACACCCACAAAGCACCCACCUAGAGCUGUCUGUGCCUCUCCAGGGUUGAGAUAAAAAGGGAAGGUCCAUGACCCAUGAACCAGGCCUUUGAGCACGAGACACUUUUCACUUCGGGCAGGGAGGUGAACAGGGCCCUCAGCUCCCUGACAGCUCCCCUGCCUAGACCCCCCCAGAGCUGGAAGUUCUCUCCUCCCUGUUGCUCUCAGGAGUGUGUAAGGAUGGAGGGAGGAUAAGGGGGCCUGCUGUAUUAAUGCUAAAAGAUGGGGGACAGGCUUCAUCUCCCAGUCCUCAUCAGGAAGGGAAAGGGCUUUGGGGUCAGGUGGCAGCUAUUCCCCAGCAAGAGAUUCAGGGUCACAGGUUUCUCCCCACAUCUCUGAACUCAGGGCCUAGCCACCCCCAAACUUCCAAAUCCCAUUUUUGUGAUAUGUGAAGCUACUUAUUUCUUACCCUUCAUGGAGGCUGCGUGGGAAAUUUCCAGCCCUUUGAUGCCUGUGUGACUCCACCCCAUUCCCAGAGUUGUAAAAGAAUCCAAUAGUGCAGGAACUAGAGGAGGACUGCUUCGGCAAGGUCCUGGGGUGGGGUCUUUAGGUUUUCUCACUUUGACAAGCCCCUGAAUGUUUUUAUAGUAGUUUUUUUGUAUUUUUUUGUAAUGACAGUAUUAUGAAAAAAUAAAAUAUUUUAAAAAUAUGGCAUAUGAGCAGGAGCAAUGAAGCUGGGUUGGAAGUGGGUGUGCAGUGCCAUAGUCGACCUUCCUCCAGGGCCCUGGUCACCUUUCAGAAGCUCAAGCAGGAUCUCAAUAUAAGGUGAAGCUUGAUUCCUUCCUUCCUCUAAGUCCAGACUUCUGGACUUCUAAAACAUAUACCCCAAACAGCAAAGACAGAAGAUACCACUAACCUAUUAGAAGAAACAAAGCUAUUUGGAAAGAAUAAACAUCCUUGGUUAUAAGAAACAAAGACUAUCCUCUUUGAAGGAUGUGCUAUCAUGAGAAUGAAUGGAUUUUGUCUACAUGGACUAGAAUUUUCCUUUGAGAGAAAUUUCCCUCCUAGGAGGGCUGGAGGAGGACUUCCUGGACUAGAAGAGACACGGCCCCAAAGACAGAGUCUGGGACAGUGAAGUGGAGAGCUGGAGGUACCUGGGAUCUUUGGUCUGUACUGGUGGGGCUUGGCUGGGAACACAGGCUCCCUGGGAGGCAUGAACAA